GGGGCGUCACAGAGCAGCAGCAAAGACUGCAGGAAGGCUGUGCUGACAUGCCUGAGCGUGCACACACACACACACACACACACAUUCACACACAGUAGGAGCAGGCGGGGAGGGAAAGAAAUUCCGUCCGCAGUGGUCCAAGGAGGCCUGGCAGUCCACAAUGAGGGUUUAAGUCACCGCCGACCUCCUGGUGCAUCUUCAGAGCUGCAAACCGAUGCAGACCUGUCCUGACAAGAAGACCGACAGAAGCAGCCCAUGGUUUAAAGUGUUUGGGACACUUUGAAGAAUGCCAAGCGGUUCCUCAGGACCUGCACGCUGAUCCAGAACGCUGCCUUGGAUCAGAAGCUCUGCGGACAGAGCAGCUCACCUUUUGGAUCUCGAAGAAGACACUUUUUCUUCUCCUGCUUUGACUUGAUGAACCCGAGAAGACAAACUCUUGGACUGAACAGAACUUUGUGAAGGAAAUGGUUAGCGUGAUGGUGGAAGAAUGAGGCGUACCUACAAGUCACCUCAAUCUAGUCACACUCAGAACCCUUCAUGGGUCACCUCUGAUCCGUGAAGCAAAACCGCAUCGGAGCAGUCUCAAGUUGCGGGGCUACACAAGUAAGAGCCAAACAGAACACCUCCUGGUUCUCAUUUGUCUCUCCCUCGGGCGUCCCACUUCAUCAAGUGGGCCCGAGAUCUCUGUGACGGGCUCUAGCACCAGAACCUCAGUCAGCUUUUUGGACUGAAACCUGACCACAAAGUAGUAAGCUGAAGGAAACUGUGUCGGGUUGGUUGGACGGUUAAGACAAAUAUGUGCAGCAGAACUAUAAACCUCAGAAGUCUUGAAUCAUCUCUGAAGUAUUUGUCUUGGACAUCAGAGAGAUCAGUUCUGUUGGAUCUGAAGACGUAAAAGCUGCUAGUGAAUGACAACGGUCUUGUCUCGUGUGACAAGUUCUGAAGAAUUUGGGUUUUGUCCAGAAAACUAAGUCCGCCUUGUUUUCACAAAGGACAUUCCAAUUGUCAGUAUUUGAUUUCUUUUUCCCAGAGAGCACGGCCAGCUGGGGAUGGUUUUGGUUGUCGUUCUGGAGGACGUCCAAUAAGUCCAGAUGUCCGCGCAUCAAUCGCCUUCUGUUGUUGGACCUGUUACGGCGCCAGCUGCUUCCAGUUGGAGAUCUUGUACUGAAGAGUGCAAACCGUCAUGGGGGACAUGUUAACCAGGAUUUACUCAACUUCUUAGACACUUCUUGACUUUUGGACCCACGUCUGAGGACGGUGGGCCUGGUCACAGCUGUCAUGGCCGCCGGGGUUUACUUCCUACGCUGGUUGGGCCUCAGGUUGUGGUCUCGCCGAGGUACGCUGGUCUUCCUUCUGUUCUGGUUCGGGUCUUGGCUGCUCCUCAAUGGCGUAGUUCUGGUCCACAGGAGAGUCUUGUCCGACUUCUGCACAGACGACAGGAGCAAGAAGAUCCUGCAGCGGCUGUGUUCCGACUUCAGCCAAGGCUCGGCAGCGGGCGACAUGUGCACGGACCUGUGCGUCCGCGGCCUGGUGGAGUACAAGCGCUGUCUCUACUACGAGAGCGGCAAGAAGGUGAUGGAGGUCCACUGGAGAGGACAGCCCGUCAUCCUCAAGUCCAAACUGGAUAACUUCUCCUCCUAUGAGCCUAUGGGGGUACUGGACUACCAGCAAGACCCGGCAGAGGACCUGUCGCCUCUUGACGUGGUUCUCUAUGCGACUCUGGAGGUGCGUAACUGGCUGGGUCUGCCAGAGGAAGAAGGUCAUGACAAAGGGGGAGUUGCUAGUUCUUUGUCCAAACUGUGGAACGGCAGGCUCAGGUCCAAAGACAAGACCUACUCCAGAGCGGAGCUGGCCUCCUUGUGGUCUCUGCUGCAGCAGGAGGAAUACACCUUUCUCAGAGUCCUGCAGGACCUCAGCACACACGUGGCCAAGGUGUUGGGUUCCUGCGGGCACUUUUACGCCGUGGAGUACCUGUCCGCGGGCCACGCCUGGGACGAGAACAUCUUCUCUCUGGAGGAGGUGGUCGGGUCCGGAAGCCUGGGGGCGUGGAAUGCCAGGCAGAAGGUCCACCGCAUCGCUCUCAGCUUCCUGGACAUGGUGCAGCACUUUGACAACGACUUCACGCACAGAGUCCACCUGUGUGACGUCAAACCGGAGAACUUCGCCAUCAGGAAGGACCUGACUGUUGUGGCCAUCGACGUGGACAUGGCCUUCUUCGAGCCCAAGAUGGAGGACAUUCUGGACCAGAACUGCAGCAGCGACGACGACUGCAACUUCUUCGACUGCUCGUCCUCGUGCAACCUGAUGAAAAGACGCUGCAGCCGCCAUCGCUCCAACUCCAACCUGCAGGUGAUUUGUGAGAAGAUCUUCAGGCUGUGGUUCUCUCCCACGCUGCUGGGCGCCAAAGCAGGGCUCCCCCUGCAGGUCAGUGUGCGUCUGACGCCUUCUCUGCCGCCUAAAGUUCUCCCACAUUGUUCUUUGCCUCUGGGGGCUCGGAGCAGGUGGAGCUUCAGCGGGCCCUGCAGGAAUGUUCCGAGUCCGGCGGCGUGGGCCGCGUACAAGGCCGGGACGUCCAUCGGCGCCUCCUGGACAUCCUGACCCGCCUCCUUCUGGAGGGGGGAGGGGCUUCAGGCGAAGGACGGCGCUGAACUCCCGAAGCAGGACGUCGCAUGUUUCUCCAUUUGCCUCAUCAGUGAGGGCGUUGUCAUGGUUACGGCGGCUAAAAAACGUUUCACGGUGGUCUCCGGAUGGGAUCGUGCCGUCGCCGUCCGUCAACACGGCGGCCCAGCGACGGACUUCAAAGGCGUUCAUCCAGCCUGUAAGACCAGCUUCAGGUCGCAGCUUUCUCAAGGGACUUCCUGUUCGGGGAAUGUGUGCCCUUUCACCUCCAAACUCUUUCAUGCUUUUUAAACAAUCGAAGGGGAAAUCAAAUAGGCCCCCUGUGUUUGCAAGUGCGGGGUCAAAGGUCGUGCAGUCCUACCCUGUGCGCAGUCAGGCAAUGAUAACCCUCAAAGGUCAAAAUAACUCGGUGUCACGUUACCGCCGCCUCGGGCUCACUUCAACCUGGCCGCCAACCCCUCGCUGAUCCCUCACCGCUCAGAUUCACAACGAGAGCCAAGAACCGCUGAGGGUGAGGACAGCUCGUUUACACCGAGGGCCACGCACUGAAAAAUCACAGCAGGGGAGCAUUUUGAUAUUUUUCAUUUUCGAAACCAAUACAAUAAUAGUAUUUUUUUUAACCUUUAGGACUCCCCUCAAGUUUGAACCCAGGGAAUCAGUCUUAAAAACGUUAGAAAUAAGUCACUUUUUUAAUGUUAAUGCUUCUAGAGUUAGUGUGUCUGCCUCACAAUACGAAGGUCCUGGGUUCCAUCUUGCACUCGGGAUCUUUCUGUGUGGAGUUUGCAUGUUCUCCCCGUGACUGUGUGGGUUCCUUCCGGGUACUCCGGCUUCCUCCCAUCUCCAAAGACAUGCACCUGGGGAUAGGUUGAUUGGCAACACUAAAAUGGGCCCUAGUGUGUGAAUGUGAGUGUGAAUGUUGUCUGUUUCUCUGUGUUAGCCCUGCGAUGAGGUGGCGACUUGUCCAGGGUGUACCCCGCCUUCCGCCCGAAUCCAGCUGAGAUAGGGUCCAGCACCCCCCGCGACCCCGAACAAGACAAGCGGUAGGAAAUGGGUGGAUGGAUGGAUGGGCUUCUAGAGCCACUUAUUUGUAUAAUAUAUAUUUAUUGGCGACUUGUCCAGGGUUUACCCCGCCUUCCGCCCGAUUGUAGCUGAGAUAGGCUAUAGCGCCCUCGCGACCACAAAGGGAAUAAGCGGUAGAAAAUGGAUCGAUGGAAUAUAUAUUUAUA